AUGUCCUCUGCUGCCUCAGCGACGUCAAACGCCCCCUCGCCGGCAUCGACCUGCCCCGGCGCCGGCGUGCUGCCCGACCUCGAGUCGCUGCCCAUCCCCCACGACGUCCCCGUCGCCGUCAUCCCGGGCACCAACGCGUCCGAGCCCGACAUGGUCGCCUGCUGCUCGCCCAACGCCGUCCACGUCGUCGAGGGCUGCUACCUGUACUGCCAGGCGCCGCCCGCCAACCCAGACUUGAGCUCGUUUGGCAACUGCCUCACGGUCAACCACCGCGACCUCAACAAGUCGCGCAUCCUGGGCUUCAGCAACGACGCCGCACCGGGCGGGCACACGUCGCCGUCGAUGACAAUGGCGCAGCUGGGCGUGUGGGCGCUGCUCGUGUCGGGCGUUUCGAGCAUGGUGUUUUCGGCAUGA